UUUUGCUUAAAUUAUCUUUAUAUUUCAGCUAUUGGUAUUGAUCAUGAUUCCUUGUUUGAAAAAGAUCAAGAUAUUCUUGUCCUUCCUUUGGACUUGAUAAAAUUUGACACACAUGAAAAACUGACCCAGGAUGUCCUCAAACACUUUGGAAAGGUUGACAUUCUGGUGAACAAUGCUGGUAGAACACAGAGAGGUUUGGUGGAAAAAACAUCAUUAGAGGUGGAUAGAGCACUUUUGGAUUUAAACGUUGUUGGUACCAUCUCUUUGACCAAAGCAGUCCUCCCGCAUAUGAUUGAACGUCAUGAGGGGCAGAUUGUGGUGGUGAGCAGUGUCGCUGGAAAAAUUGAGACACCUUUCAUGGCAACUUAUUGCGCCAGUAAACAUGCAUUGCAGGGCUACUUUGAUACUGCACGGCUGGAGCUGACUGAGCACAACAUUCAUGUACAGACCGUUCUACCAGGACCUGUCGAGUCAAACAUCGACCUUUCUGCUUUCACUGAAAACAUCAAUGAUGUCAAUGAUGAGUUUAAAGAUCCACCAGGUGCACCUGACUUUGUUCAAAUAAUGUCGACUGAGCGCUGUGCAGAGUUAAUGGCAGUAAGCGUGGCAAACAACUUGGACGAAGUGUGGAUUUCAAGUGAACCAGCCCUAGUAAUGGUCUAUUUUAAGCAGUACUUGCCAAACCUCUUUAGAUGGCUUUCUAAGAUGUUCUUUUUGGAAGGCGUAAAAAGACUUUACACGGACAAGAAUUAGAAAUCUUCAGCAGAAACCAACGAGUCAUAGAGUUUGGAAAAUGGAAUGUAGAACAGUCUUGAAAAGUAAUAUUGUACCUCCCGUUCCCUUUUGUAUGUGACUCCGCCACUCAGCAGCCCCACAUGUACAACUUUUUGAUAUGCAACAUAAUAAGUCCAGUUUUGCAAAGCGUGGAUAAUGCUAUCCAUCAGAUAAAUCACUAUUUGAAGACAUGA